AUGGCAGACACAAACAGUCCUCCUCCCGACCCGGGAAGAGCAUCGUUUCUACGCCGACACAUUUUACGAACACCAACCGCCAACUCAUCGUCCUCCUCGCUCCAUGAGAUGCCACGAACUAGAAAACUACGCAUGCUUGUUGCUGCCAACGGGUCCAAGGAUGUUGCAUAUGCACAGGCUAUCGCCGUCCGCCUGCUGAAGGAUUCUCAGAUCGAAACCCAAGCGCUGGUCGACGAUGUCCCGCGCCGUCUGGCUCAAGAGGUUAUUGUCAGAGAGAACCGCAGCCUGGCCACCUUGGCCAUCGAUGCAGACCAGAGGACGCGAGAGGCGAUAGAAGCCGCGAGACAGACUGCGUACGAGCUGGUCGAUUGGGCAGACAUCUUGGUCUUGGCCCCCAUCGAUGCAGACCAUUUGGCCAAGAUGAUGGGCGGUAUCGCCGAUACGUUACUACUGGAGGUGCUACGCGCAUGGGACGUUUCCAAAAAGAUACUGCUGGUCCCCGGCAUGUCGAUACAGAUGUGGGAGAACCCCAUGACGAAGAAGCAGUUGAGCAAGAUUAAGAAGAAGUGGGAUUGGGUCAAAGUCAUGUCGCCUAUCCUGUGGCACUACGAAGGAAAUUCCUCCUCGAAACGCGUGGUCUCAUGGGACGGCUUCAACAAUUUGGUGGGUAUGAUAAAAAAUCAAGCCGAACUCUUGAGUCUGGGCCACGAUGUCGAAGUUGCAGCCCAACAAGCGCUUAGCACCUCGGAUCCUAGCAAGGUGGCCACGCAGCUUCCACCAGAGAUAUGGACGAUAAUAUUUGAAUACGUUGGGGAUUGGGAAUUGGCACAGGCACUGAACGUUUACACCACGAUUCCAACACCAAACGAAUGGCGCACCAACCGCCUUACGCUCACGGAUCCUGCCGAUAUAUUCAACAACGAACUGGAGUGGUUAAUUCUUUCUUGUCGCUCUCCUUCAGCAAUUUGUCGGAAACUAUCCGAAGCACCGAGCGAUAUCCUGAUCUCUCCACUGGCUGUCAAGCUAAUCAUCAAAUUUUCACUUACCGAGGUUCUUACAUAUUUAGAGAACAAUCUGAGCAAGGUCUUCUGGGCUUCUUUCCACUCAAAAUUACUACCAAACAAGGCAUCCGGAGUAUAUGGCAGGACGGACAUUCUCGACUGGUGGAACACAUCUCCAUCAUUUCUCAAAAAGGAAUACGACGCCGAGGCUCUCGACAACGCUUGCCGCAUGGGAUUCGUGCAUGUGCUUGAUUGGUGGCUUCGGUCCGGGCUUCCGUUGAAAUACACGGAACAAGCACUGGAGACUGCAUCAGCGAGGGGCCACUUGUUAGUCCUGGAAUGGUGGCGGGAUGCUGCAUCACAGAACAGCAGUAUUAUACUCAAGCCAGGCCGCAGUCUGCUUGCAGCUGCGCAACAAGGCCAAACCGCUGUGCUACGAUGGUGGGAGUCUUCGGGCAUUCCGGUGGCCCAUGGCGACGGUGUGCCCAAGAUUGCGAGUGCGCAUGGCCAUACCGGCGUAUUGGAUGCUUGGCGGGAACUCAAGGGCGACAAACUAUCAUUCGACUGCCAAGUUCUAGUAGCGCCGACACGUCAAGGACAUGUCAACGUCCUGGAAUGGUGGAAACAGUACGCAAGGGGCGAGGAGGCGGGCGAGGGCCGGACGCACAGGGUCGAGUACAAGACCUGCGACAUUGAGGAAGCUCUGGAAGACGCAAUUGGCGACUCGAAAUCUAUUAGAAUUUGGUGGGCUCGCAAUGGGCUGAAUUUGGGCUUGGGCGUAAGCGAAUGGAUGAAGACGAGAUGUCUAUAA